AAAAUAUAGAAUAGCGUGACGAUUUAAUAAUAAUUUAUUUCAUCUGUUGCGAUGAUCGUCGGACGCCGGCACUAAUAGAGCAGAAUUGAAUUGUCACCAUCAUUCAAGAAGCCAUCUGUGAGCGGCGGUAUCUACUUCGGGAAUGAAAUAAAAAUACCUAAAAUACCGACAGCUCAGGCCAUUUUGGAUCAUAUAAUGUUAGUGACAUCGUCUUACCCAGAGACUUGAAGUUUAAUAUUCAGAGACUCAGGAUUUUACUUUGUUAUUUGCAAUAAAACUUUUACGCCAAUCUUUUCUCAGACCUGUUGAUCUAUAUUUUUCAGUCGUGAAAUUUAUCAUUUAGUCGAUGGCAUUUCCACAGGCAAAUUCGCGGGAAUUGCAAAAUAGAAAGAUUCUGGAAGAACUCCAGUUGAAGAAACAGAUGCUCUUGAAACAAGGUGUUGUUCAAAGCUUGGGUCCGUCAAUAUCAUUGCCCGCAACUGUUUUAGCGCCAACUACUUCAGCAGCACAGCCAAGUGACGCUAACAGUAUAAAUUCUUCACAACGAGCAGCACUUGCUAAUGCACAAGCUGCAUCGUUUGGUUACUUUGUGACGCAAGAUUCUUCUUUUGGAAAUCUUAUACUACCAGUGCUUCCUCGAUUUGACAGCAACAAAUGAAUAUUCUAUCAAAAAAUGAUGAAAGUAAAAAAACUGGAAGAAGCGUUACAGCCUUUAAGUACUUUUAAAAAACCAAAUUUGUUAUUAGAGCAAUAUGCAACUAGUCCUCAUAUUGCAUCUCGAAUGCUGUAUGUUGCCCAAACCCAAUUUGAAGAUAUAGAAGAUUGUAAUGUGGCUGACUUAGGCACUGGCUGCGGCAUUUUAUCUAUCGGAGCAUUUCUUUUGGGAGCAGCUCAAGUGACUGGAUUUGAUAUUGACCUAAAUGCUUUAUCGAUAUGUGCAGAAAAUUGUGAAGAACUAGAGGCCCCUAUUGAAAUGAUUUGUUGCAACGUAAUUAAUUACUUACCAGGUAAAUAUGAAAAAUUUUUUGAUACUGUUAUCAUGAACCCACCAUUUGGAACAAAACACAACACGGGAAUCGAUAUUAAGUUUCUAGAAAUUGCAUCAAAAUUGACGAAAAAUGCAAUAUAUUCACUUCAUAAAACUUCUACAAGAGACCAUGUUCUUCGAAAAGGUGAACAGUUUGGUUUUAAUAGUGAAGUUGUGGCAGAACUGAGAUAUGAUUUACCUCAAACAUAUAAAUUCCACAAGAAAAAAUCUGUUGAUGUAGAAGUUGAUUUUAUAAGAUUUUCCGCAAAAAAAUAAUGUUACUGUUACAAUUUAUUUAAAACAUAUCGACAUCAAUAGCGAUAUACAUAUAUUUAACAAAUAAAACAUCACUAUUUUUUACCAUUUAA